UCAGAACCUUAAGCCUCUCUGUGAAGCUGGGGGAGAAUCGGACUGUGGGACCUGAAGUUAAACUGGGAGUGAUGGGAGCAAGCUGGAUCUCGUUGAGAACAACUUUAUCUGUUAUCACUAUUUUACUACAGAUCCAAGCGCUGACCAGUGUCACAACUGUGACCGGUGUGGAGGGUCAAACACUUUCCUUCAGAUGUGAAUAUUCACGCGACUUGUGGAGCAAUGCUAAGUACUUCUGCCGUGAUGACGACGACAAUCCCCUGAUAUGGACAGACAAACACGACCAGUGGGAGACAAAUGGACAUUUCUCCCUGUACGACAACACCACCGGAGCCUUCAUCAUCAUCAAGGUGGACAAACUCGUCCCAGAGGACAGUGGGACAUACCUGUGCGGGGUGGACCUCAGCUUACGCCGCGAUCGCAUCAUUGAAAUACAACUGAAUGUUCCUCGAGCAAAACCUCCAGAAAAUCUCACACAGCACAAUACUGUAAAGCCCUACUUUCCAAUGGACUUCACAGUUGACAAGUUCCACAUGUCGCUGUUCCUGACUGCAGUGAUGUGUGUGGCAGCGAUCCUGUUUGUGUGUCUGUUUACACUUUGUCUUCUGUGGGCUGUUAAACACCAAAGAUCAGGCCCGCACCAGAACAGAGAGGCGUCAUCUGACUACGAGACCAUGAUGCCCGGUGUGGAAACUGAACCUGAACUCCGCUGCACCUCUUUUACUCAAGACUGCGUUGACCUUUCACCUGUAGCACCGCCACCACCUGACCUCUGCUCCCACUUCACUUCAAAGCACCGGGAGUCCACCGUCACCCUCGGCCUCGGUGAUUAUGUUGAUGUGGAUUUACCAGGGAACAUCUGCCAGUAUCAACAUCUGGAUUUCAGCCGGUUGGAGGAGCACCUCUAUCACAGCAUUAAUGGAAACAGCAGUCCUAAAGAUGGAUAUCUGGGAGUCAAACCCCAGAUUAACUGUUGAAAUGACUGUGUAACUUCAGUUUAUUUACAAUUUGGGUCCUAGUUUUGAAGUUUUGGCCACUGUUUCCUUCAGAAUAAAUUUCUACUCGCUGCUUGGCAAGCAAAGUAUUAGAAUAUUAUUAAUGUUUUGAAUGGUGGCCAGAACUGCAACAAUGACAUCAAGGUUUCAAAAAACCAGAAUUAUCCUUUACUGUGCGUGGAUUAAAGAGUUAACCAGUUCAAAAGUUAACAACUCAGGAACUUUCGCAAGUAAACUAGUUAUAGUGUACAUUUGCUGUGUUUUGUCAUGUCUAGAUGUAAAUAUGCCGUGUUGGAUGGCACAAAGAAAAGACUGAAAAGAGUGUUUGUCAACUGAUGAAGUCCACCAAGAAGAUUAGUGUCUCACUUUGCAUUAUGGUAAAAAUCACCAAAAUAAACCAAGCGGUUGAGA